AUGCAUUACGUCGACACAACCUCCGUGCCAUUCAUCUUUGUGUCUUUCCUCAGCUUCCUUGGCUGGCUCUUGCCUCUACUCACACUCUUGCUCGUAUUCACCAAGGCCAAGCAUCCCAAGCACCACUUCGCCCGUUAUAUCUUCAAGAUAGCAGCGACGUUCACCUUCGUUUUCUUGGCCAUCUUCUACUUGUCCUGGACAACAACUCUUCUCACAUUUCUCUUCCCCUUUGCUUCGAAGUGGCGCCUGGGCUCGGCAGCAGUGAUCUUUGCCCACAUCACCUUGUCCCUUGUCAUUCUCCUCACCUUAUUGGCGGCUGUUUUCGACACUCCCAAGGACUGGAAACAGGAAGGUCCCAUGCCCCCCCCUAUGGGUGGUACUCGCGCGCCUAGCCAGGCAUAA